CCGAAACACACCAACACAUAUCAUCGCCAGAAAAGUCAAAGUAAAGAUGCCAACCAUACUGUCACCUUCAACAGAAAUGGACAAAAUGAACAAUCAGGAUAAAUCCAUAAACACCAGGAGACUAGACAAGUGGCUGUUCCUUUUCCCAUUGACAGAAAAACUUAAGCCUGCUGAAACCCUGCUGUGGUCCCAGUCAUUGGAAAACCUUCUGAAAUCAAAAUAUGGCAUGGCGACAUUCCACUCCUUUCUCAAGUCCGAAUUCAGCGACGAGAACAUUGAAUUUUGGCGGGUUUGUGAAGACUUCAAAAAAAUCAGGUGUGCUUCCAGGCUGACCUCAAGGGCCAAGAAGAUAUUUGAGCAUUACGUCAAGGCAGAGGCUCCCAAAGAGAUAAACAUCGACCACAGAACGAGAGAGCUCAUCAAACAGAAUGUUCAAGCACCCACUAAAGUGUGUUUCGAUGAAGCUCAGAAGAUUGUCUUUGGACUUAUGGAGAAGGAUUCAUAUCCCAGGUUUCUUCGCUCGGACAUCUACAAAUCCCUUCUAGAAUCAGUGUCAGAUAGGAUCAAGGUCUGAGACACAACAUUUACAACAACCAGACUAAGUGACUGUAAGACUUUGCACACUUCUGUGGGACUGUUCGUGCAAUAGAAGAGCUGGCCGAGGAUUGCACUGAGAUGCGGGCCUGGCUAUUUGGACAUUUGGGACUGGACCCUGAAAAGGAUUGCACAGAACGUUGUUUAUCUACAUAAAAGCAUGUUUAAGCUAUUGUCUAUAUUUGCUGUACUGCAGUGCUCUCUUGUUCAGUGUGGCUGUGGAAUACACAAAGACAAAUGAGCUUUCUGAACAGCUCACCACAGGAGUACUGAGUCAACUGACACCUUUGUAUAGGUAUACCCUGGAGAUCUUAUUCAACAAUUUAUUUUAUUCUUUUGAUUUUUGGAUAUUCAAUGAACGUUUUUAAGAACGAUGCUAAUGCCAUUUUGAAACCCCUACUAAUUUUUGAUGAGCAAUGAUAUCAAGGCUCAUUUAAAUGACUUUUAAAACAAAUGUAAAUACCACCAUUAUUUUGCACAUUGGGGAAUUGCCUGGAAAUUUUUACAGUGAUAUCAUUUCUCUUCAACAAAACAAGAUUUCUCAGUUGAAUAUUCUGACAGUAUAAAUUAACAGAAAACAAAAACCUUGUACUCCCUGAAUAUAUACCUCCACUGUAUAUACACUACCAUUCAAAAUUUAGGGUCACUUACUCGUUCUUUCUUUAUUUUUUUUUUCACAUUUUAGAAUAGUAAAGUCAUCACAACUGUGGAAUAAUAGAAAUGGAACUAUGGGAAUUAUGUUGUGACUAAAAAAAUCCAAAAUAAAUCAAAAUUAUUUUAUAUUUUACAUCUUCAAAGUGGCCACACUUUGCCUAGAUUUUGCAGAAAUGUACUCUUGGCAUUUUCUCAACCAACUUCUUGAGGUAUCACCUUGGGAUGCUUUUUAAACAGUAUUGAAGGAGUUCCCAUCUAUAUGCUGGGCACUUAGUGGCUGCUUUUCUUAAUUAUUCAGUCCAAGUCAUCCAUUUCAAAAACUUUAUUUUUUUAAAUAAAAUGUUAGUUUUGUAAUUAAAUAAAUUAAUAUGUUGGCACAAUUAUAUUUUUGUCUACAAAACUAAUUUCAAACUUUUAUGCAUACGCCUUCUGAUCAAAAGGUUUUUAAGAUCAUAUGAAACAUUUCAGGCAAGUGACCCCAAACAUUUGAACGGUAGUGUACCUCUAAUUCCCCUGUACAGAAAACUACUGUAUGCCAAAUGUGAUGGAUUUAUUGAAAAUUUGAAAUGCUAUAUUUUAUUUUUUAAACUUAAGACACUGGUCAAUCUUCCCAUUCAGAAAUCUCAUGAAUGACCAUAUAAGAACAUAUAUAUAGUUUACUGACAUGCACAGAACAGGGCUACAAAUCUAAAGGUGCCCUUUUAGUUGAGGGGAGAUUAAAGCGGAGGUGCCUUUAAAAGUGUGCGAUACAGCACAAUUCCCCGCUGACAGGCUGAAGCAGGUAGCACAACACCCCCCGCUCAACAACUUUUGGGUCAGUUUCUAUUUCAAGACCCGGACCAGUUUCUCUUCCCACUCUCUCCAUUUCCUUCAGCCCCUGUCCCUGCUAAAGUCUGUGCACGUCACUGAUAUAGUUAAUAUAUUUAAGCAUAAAUGUACAUAUUCAGAUUCCACUACUAUUUGGAAAAUAUGUUUAAUAUAUUAUAUAUAUAUAUAUAUAUAUAUAUGUACAAGUAUGUGACAUACCAGUGAACAUAUAUUUUCUAUAUGUGUUUUGCAUAUAUUGCCAUAUAUCAGAUUUCUGUACAGGCAUAUAUUGCCAUAUAUCAGAUUUCUGUACAGGUUGCAUAAAUAACUGCGAUAAAUUCUACAUAUUUCAACAUGAUUUUCUUGUUUUUUAUUAUUUUGCUUCAUGUAUAGCUCAUUUGGGUUGUUUAAAUGUCCAUUUUCAGGAGCCACUUAACUUAAUAAACAUA